GCCAAGCCGCAAGAAGAACAGAAGCCAUUCGCCCUGGAAAAAGUCAACCUCGUCGUCCCCAAGGGCGAGCUCGUUGCGAUCGUCGGGCCCGUCGGAUCCGGCAAAUCGAGCUUGCUCGAAGGCUGCAUCGGCGAGAUGCGACGCCAAGGUGGCCGCAUUAUUUGGGGCGGUAACCGCAUCGGCUACGUCCCGCAGAGCGCUUGGAUCCAGUCUGCGACGGUGCGUGACAACAUCCUCUUCGGCGAGUCGUUCGAGGAAGAGCGCUACUGGCAAGUCGUGCGCAUCGCCGAGCUCGAGAGCGACCUCGAGAUGCUUGCGGCAGGCGACAUGUCCGAGAUCGGCGAAAAGGGCGUGACGCUCUCCGGCGGUCAAAAGCAACGUGUCUCCCUCGCCCGUGCCCUCUACCACCAGGCCGAGAUAUACUUUUUUGACGAUCCGCUCAGCGCACUCGAUGCCCACGUCGGCAAGGCGGUCUUCCACAACGCGAUCCUGCCCUUGCGCAGAGCAGGAAAGACCGUCGUGCUCGUCACGCAUGCCUUGCAUUUUUUGCCCUUCUGUGACCGUAUCAUCACAAUGGAGGACGGGCGCAUCGUUGAGACGGGUACGUAUGAGGAGCUAAGCACUGCCAAGGGACCGUUUAGCCGGCUCAUCGAAGAGUUUGGCGGGAGGGAAGAAGAGGAAGAGCGGAAGGAAGACGACAUUGACGAUUCCCAGGGCAAGAAAAGGUACAGUCGUGCGAACAUGACCAACGCCGAGGUGGCCAAAGCCUCCAAGGCAGGUGCGCUCAUGGAGGCGGAGGAACGAAACACCGGAUCCGUCUCAGCUCACAUCUACGCCGCGUACUUCCAAGCGGGCAAGGGUUGGAUCAUGGUCCCCUUCUGUUUCCUCUCCAUCGUCCUCAUGCAGACGGCCGGCAUUAUUAACAGCUACUGGCUCAUUUGGUGGCAGGAAGACCAGUUCAAACAGAGCCCAGGCUUCUACAUGGGCGUCUACGCUGCCCUCGGGAUCGCGCAGACCAUUGCGACGUUCGCAAUGGGUGCCUCCACCGGUUACCUGUCCUUCUACGCUUGCAAGACGCUGCACCAGCUCGCCAUCUCUCGCACCAUGUUUGCACCGAUGGCUUGGUUCGACGUCACUCCCGCUGGCCGUAUCAUGAACCGCUUUGCCAAGGACAUCGAUGUCGUUGACAACCAACUGAGCGACUCGUUCCGAAUGGCUGCCAACACGAUCGCUACCAUCAUCGGCUCGAUCGUUUUGAUCACCAUUAUCACGCACUACUUUGUCGUCAUAGCCGUCACACUUCUCGUCUUCUAUUUCGCGGCAAGCGCUUUCUACCGAACAUCAGCCCGGGAGAUCAAGCGACUUGACAACCUACUUCGGAGUUCUUUGUACAGCCACUUUGCGGAGUCUCUCUCUGGCGUUUCCACACUGCGAGCGUAUCAGCACACGACUCUGGCGAUGCAUGAGAAUUUGGCAAGGAUGGACAAAGAGAACCGCGCCUAUUUCCUGACGAUCAGUAAUCAGCGAUGGCUCGGCGUUCGUCUCGACAUGCUUGGUGCGGUGCUCAUUCUCCUCGUUGCGCUUCUCACAACUACAGGAGCCAACAGGCUCUCACCUGGUCAAGUCGGUAUCACCCUGACAUUCGUCGUCACCUCGGUACAGGCAUACUCAUGGUUCUCGCGACAGGUUGCUGAAGUAGAGAACAACAUGUCGAGUGUAGAGCGUUUGCAGCACUACGCCGAAAACCUCCCGCAAGAGGCAGCGCAAGGCUCGCCUCCCAACGCGGUGUCAGAGUCCUGGCCGGAGCGUGGCUCCAUGUCGAUCCGCAACGUCUUCAUGCGUUACCGCCCUGGGCUUCCACAAGUGCUCAAGGGUAUUAGCCUGGAAGUAGAAGGAGGACAGAAGAUUGGGAUCGUUGGCCGGACCGGUGCUGGUAAAUCGUCGCUCCUCACUGCGCUCUUGCGCUUGACCGAGCUCGAUAGCGGCAGCAUUGUGAUUGACGGUGUAGACAUCUCGCAGAUCGGCCUGCGCGAUUUGCGCCGCCGCAUCGCCGUGCUUCCACAGGACCCACUUCUCUUCAGCGGCACGCUCCGCUCGAACCUUGAUCCAUUCCAGCAAUUCGACGACAAUCGGCUGUGGGACGCACUCAAGCGCGCGACGCUGGUCCAAGACGAAGCAACAAUUUCCAGCGCCUCAAGCGGCCCCACGCUGGGCAGCGAUUCCGUUGCCCUCGCGCAUCAGCAGCAGAACAAGCUCACGCUCGACAGCCCAAUCGACGAAGGUGGAGCUAAUUUGUCCCUCGGUCAACGGUCGCUCGUCUCGCUCGCAAGAGCUCUCGUCAAGAAUUGCCAGAUUCUGCUUCUCGAUGAAGCGACAGCCAGUGCAGACUCCCAGACGGAUGCCAAAGUCCAGAAGACCAUCCGAGAAGAAUUUGCGAGCCGCACGCUCUUGUGCAUUGCACAUCGCCUCAACACCAUCAUCGGAUACGACCGCAUUGCUGUGCUCAGCGACGGUGCAGUGGCAGAGUUUGCCCCUCCUCUCGAACUGUUCGACCAGUGCGGCAUCUUCACGGACAUGUGCGCCAAAGCCAACAUCUCUCGUGACCAAAUCAUUGCGGCAAGGAACGCACCAUGA